AUGGUGCUGGAGCGCCCGAGGGGUGCUUCGUACUGGGAAGUCCAACGGCACCAGCCACAGCGGUUUUCCCCGCCAUUCCCACAGCAACCUCCGGAAGAGCCAGUUAACAACCUCGUAGGCGUAUUGAAGGGCAAAUCGAUCAAAAAAUUUGAAGAAGCCUGGAAAGAUAUGGUCGAGGUACAGAAACACGAACACGAAUCACAAAAAUGCACCGACGCAGCCAACGAGAUCGACACCGCGUUAGAGGUGUCAUCCGAUAUGCUUCCUCCUAAAUUUCGCCGCUCUCCCGUUUACCACCUCAUGAGGAGGGAGUCCUUAGAGAACCGGCAUAAGUCAGAGCAGGAAUUUCAAGAAGCACUCAAUAUGCACAACAAGGCGUCGUACGAGAAGGGGCAGGCGGAAACCUACAAGGAGGACGCGCAAACACUGGAGGACGAGCUGACGAAGAAGAAAAAGUGCAGCUGCAAGAGUAAAUGCUGCCAUUGCCACAAGAAACCACCAACGACGAUCGUCGUGUCGCCAUUCACGAGAACCACGUGGAAUUGGUUCGCAAGUUGA